ACCUGUUUCUACAGGCUCAUAAUUAGCUGAUUCAGCAGAAGCCACAUGAACGGAAGGUCUGGCCACGCCCAACUACACAGUGUUUUUCUUGAGUGUGAGAAUGGCUUCACCAGCAGUGGUACCAGGCUACAACAAGCAGCUAUCCACUGGCUCUGAGCUGAACUUCUCUCCAGAUGACCCAGUUCCCUCCCUACCCUAUGAAGUGGUGGCUGACAUAUUCCAGUACGUGCCCCCAGUACAGAUCAUCACUGUGUGCAGGCUUGUUAGCAAGACAUGGAAGAGCUUUAUUGACGACCCUCAGUUCUGGCAGUUUGGACUCAGAAAAUGUCAGAAUUUCACUCCAAAGCUAAUUGACAUCCCGUCUCAAAAUAUUGAUUGGCCGAAGUUGUACCUAAACACUGCAUGUGGCCCCAACUUAAUUAGGAAUUCUGUUUCUGGUGAAUUUUCUCUUGAACCUCCAUGGACGAUUUCGUAUAGCUCAUGGAAGAAGUUUAGCAAUAAGUACGGCCUAAGCAAAGUGGCAGUACGUAAACGUCAACGACACUCUUCUAGCUCUAGUAGCGAGAGUGAAGACGAUGAAUCUGAUGAGUCUGAUGCGGACGACGACCAACUAUCCAGUUGGGGUGGAGGUAAUAAAUGGAGCAUUCAGUCAGGAUGUAUAAAGCCAGAGCAUCUACACUAUGAGCAGAUAGUCAAAGAGAAUGGCAACAGUGCUAAGAAUUAUGUUACGUCGUACGAAUGGUGCUGUCGACAACAAGUUAUCGAAUUAUCUCAUCAUGGUUUUUCCGACUCUGUCAUGGACACUGUUCAGCCCUUGAUCUCGGUCUCGGAAUGGUACUGUGCAAGAUUUGAUUGCGGCUCCAUUUUUUGUAUUCGUGUUGAGCUUCUGAGCUCAGAAAAGAAAGUGAUUGUCUUGUACGAGGACUCGGUAGAGACUGAUCAAUGGCAGGGUGGAGAGCUGGGCUGGAGGAGGGUGGAGCAUGAGUUUAAAGACUAUGGGUCAGGAGUGCGAUUUGUACGAUUUAGUGACGGAGGAAAAGAUACCCAGUGGUGGGCUGGUCACUAUGGCAGCAAAAUGGCGGGUGCUAGACUGAUAGUUAGCUUGAAGUAAAGUCAGUUAGCAUUAUAAUUGCUAGAGUGUGAAUUUAACUAUCUUUGAAGUUAUCAUAAUUAUGUAACAGCAGCUAUAGUGCUGCAUGUGUAGCCUAACAUGAAUGUGUAUAUCAAACUUUAAUUUACAUAUAAAUUAAUUUAUUGCGA